CCAAACACAGAGUCACUGUUGUUUUUGGUGCUCCGAUGGUCGGAAAAUUAAUGAAAGCCGUUCAGUACAAACGCUACGGCGGCGGAGCCACCGCUUUGAAGCAUGUGGAGAUUCCGAUUCCAUCGCCUGAAAGCGGAGAGGUUUUGCUCAAAGUCGAAGCCAUCAGCUUGAAUCCCAUUGACUGGAAACUUCAAAAAGGCGUCGCCCGACCAUUUUUGCCCAAAAGAUUUCCAUUCACACCCGGCACGGAUGUUGCAGGGGAAGUGGUCAUGGUCGGUCCACGAGUCGAGAAAUUUAAACCCGGCGACAAAGUCGUUGCCCUUCUCGACCUCCUCAACGGAGGAGGGCUGGCGGAAUUCGCGGUGGCGAGCGAGAAACUAACAGUGGUUAGACCACCUGAAGUGUCGGCACCCGAAGCGGCUGGUCUCCCCAUUGCGGCCGUCACGGCUCUCAAGUCUCUGAAAGAGGCCGCAGGGCUCGACCUCAGAGCCAAUGUCCUGGUCACGGCUGCGUCCGGAGGGGUCGGCCAUUACGCCGUGCAGUUGGCGAAGAAGCUCGGGAACGCUCACGUGACUGCUACUUGCGGCACACGGAACGUGGACCUCGUGAAAUCCCUCGGGGCCGACGAGGUUAUUGAUUACACAACUCCGGAAGGAGCAUCUCUCGGGAGUCCGUCGGGAAAGAAGUACGACGCGGUGAUCCACUGCGCGAACGGGAUGGGGUUCUCCGCGUUCAGCCCGCACUUGUCGGAAAACGGGAAGGUGAUAGACCUGACACCCGGGCCGAGAGCCUUUUGGACAUGGCUGGUGCAAAAAGUAACACUGUCCAAGAAGCAACUGGUUCCGUACAUAGCCAGCCCUAAGGCAGAGGAGAUAGAGCUGAUGGUGAGUCUGGUCAAACAAGGAGUGAUCAGGACGGUGACCGAUUCGAGACAUGAACUGAGCAAAGCCGAAGAUGGUUGGACCAAAAGCCUUGGAGGUCAUGCCACCGGCAAGAUCAUUGUUGAACCCUAGGAUUUUUUAUUUUAUUUUAUUUUAUAUAAAUUUCUAGUUGUAUUGAUUGAAGUCUAUUUUAAGAUUUUUUGUAUGAUAUUGAUAAGCGUAAAAAAAAU